AUGGGAAGAUACGAGCAAGGAUUACAUGGCUGCAUGACAACACAGAAAAAGUUGACGCCAGAGGAACCUAGUGGAUUUGUGUUUCAAACAUGUGCAAUCACUGGCAGUGGUAAAGCUUACCUUGGAAGAGCAUGGGGACCUUAUUCUACGGUAGUUAUCCACAACUCAUUUCUAUCAGAUGUGAUAGAUCCAGUAGGUUGGGAUGCUUGGCGCUAUCCUAAGCAUGAAGCAAAUUUUACGUAUGCAGAGAUCAACAAUAAAGGUCCAGGAGCAGACACUUCCAAGCGCGUGCCUUGGUUAGAGAAGCCCGGUGAUCCCCAGCUUGCUAAAUUUUUGAACAUUUCGUACAUCGACGAAGAUGGGUGGCUUGCCAAGUUGCCUAUGGUCUCCUGA